AUGGAUGAUAUUACGGGAAAGAGCUUCUUGACCACCUCCAACGAGACGUUUCAGGUGCCUGAGGAGACUCCCUCCUUGUUGACAGUGAUCAUAGAAACAGACCCCAUACGAUGGAGGCGUGUGAUAAAGAGAGACAGUUGCAAAGAUCCGUUGAGAAAGGUUAUCAAGGCCUUGAUUGUUCACUUGAAUGCCCACAUUUCGUUGAACAACUCGAAUAAGGUGGCGGUUAUUGCUGCUCACGAAGGCAAGGCUAAAUUUUUGUAUCCUGAUUUUGGUGAUUUCAGCGACAGUGGCAGCAACGGAAGCAAUGGUAUAGCGAAAAAUGGACACAGCAGCAGUCAUCAGUACUUGAAGAACUCGAACAUCUACAGGCAGUUCAAAAUAGUGGACGAGAGUGUGCUAAAAAACUUUGACAAGUUGAUAAAUGAGGAUAUUAGUGCUAAAAACAGUGGCAGUAGUGAAAACAAUGGUACUGCUGAUAACAAUAACAACAAAAAUCAGGGGCAUAAAAAUGUUAUUCCUGGUUCAAUUAGUCUUGCAUUGACAUAUAUUAAUAAAUUGAAAAUGCUUGAUGAUUCGUUAUCAAUCAAAGCGAGAAUAAUAAUCAUGGGAAUUUCAGAUGAUUCAUCAUUACAGUAUAUUCCAUUGAUGAACUGUAUAUUUGCUGCACAAAAGAUGAGGAUUCCGAUUGAUGUUUGUAAGUUUUCUUCAAAAUCAACUUUUUUACAACAGGCCUCGGAUACUACAAACGGGAUAUACUCAUUUAUAAAUGAUAACGAAAUCGACGGGAUAAUUCAAUAUCUAUCUACAACAUUUUUUAUUGAUCCGUCAUUAAGAAAAUAUAUUAUAUUGCCUACUGAUGUGAAUAUUGAUUUCAGGGCGUCGUGUUUUCUCACUGGAGAAGUUGUGGAUAUUGGAUACGUUUGUUCAGUUUGUUUAUGCAUUUUAAGCAGGAUUCCCGAAAACAAUAUCUGUCCAACUUGUGAUUCAAAAUUCGAUUUAAAGAUAUUGAGUAAACUAAGAAGAAAACCUGCAUUUGAUUUAAAUCAAUUUAGGAAGAAAAAAAAAUUAAAUCCCAGUAAUAAUGGAAAUGGUGGAGAUACAAAUGGGACGCCAACUCCAGUCUCCACUCCUUUACCUUCAACUCCAGGAAAUUAA